AUGAAAAGUCAUUCUAACUACUUGAUAAAUACAUGGUUCGACCUGCCUGAAACCACCAGAGAGGAUAAAUGCUGCUUUCCUCUUUUAGCGUUCUUCAUUGUCUGUAAGCACACGGCUGAGAAACAGCAGCUGCUUCCAGUGUGCAUGUAUGAGAAUUGUUUCCAUGUGCCUUAUUCUGCCCUGACCAUGUUCCUGAGCACCGACCAGCGCGAGAGAGACUCUGCUACAGCUUACCGUAUGACUGUGGAGGUGCUCGGGACGUUGGUGGGGGCUACUAUUCAGGGUCAGAUCGUAGCGAGCGCACACACUCUGAAGCACUGUCCACAUCGAAACCUGACCACUGGUUACCUAGGAAACAGCAGUAGCGGGACAGAGGUCAUCAGAUCCCUGGCGCUUUUACAGGACUUCCUGUCUCAUGCAAAGGAAGUGUACAUGAUAGCUGCCGGAGUGAUCGGUGGGCUGUUUCUGGUUUGUACGGUGGUCAUGUUCCUGGGAGUCAAAGAGAGAGAUGAUCCCUAUGCUCCUAAAACAGACAAGGCCAUUCCUUUCCAUAAGGCCUUUAUUUUGGUCAUGAAGCACGGGUCCUACCUCACCCUGACGGCUGCUUUCCUUUUCAUAUCCGUGGCCAUCCAGUUGAUACAAAGUAACUUUGUGCUGUUCUGCACAUAUGCGGUGGAACUUCGGGAUCACUUUCAGAACAUUGUUUUGACAAUUCUGAUGUCGGCAGCAGUGAGUAUCCCAUUCUGGCAGUGGUUCCUUGAGAAGUUCGGGAAGAAAACAGCAGCUUUCUGCGGCAUUACAUGGAUCAUGCCGUUCACAGUGAUGCUGGUGUUCAUCCCUAAUCUGAUAGUGACAUAUGUCGUGGCCGUAUCAUCUGGGCUUAGUGUGGCUGCAUCUCUCUUGUUACCAUGGUCAAUGUUACCAGAUGUAGUAGAUGACUUCAGACUGGCAAACCGCAACUCAAAAGGACACGAGGCGAUCUUCUACUCCCUAUAUGCUUUCUUCACAAAGUUUGCUGCAGGCAUUUCUCUCGGAGUGUCGACUCUCUGUCUACAGUUUGCUGGUUAUGACACAGGAGCGUGCAGACAGCCCACUCCAGUGGUCUACACGCUCAAACUGCUCAUCGGCGCCGCCCCGGUGGCCUGUAUCACUACAGGCCUCAUGAUCCUCAUGGUGUACCCGAUCAGCGAGGACGUCAGAUUACGAAACAAACUCGCCCUGGAGGAGCUCAGAAGCCAGAGUAUUACCUGUAAAUCUCUGAGCAGAUCUGAGCAGAGCGUAACGUCCUCAAACAGCCGAUCCUGAUAUUCUAGCCCAGCGCUGGAAUGAGUCGUGUUAGUGUAUAUUACACUGUGUGAGAUGAGUAAUGUUUUACUGUAAACAUUUCAGUUUGUUUCUGUAUUUUCAAAUGAACAUAUAGCCACAUAUACAGUAUUACAGUAUCCAAUCUAUACACUUGAAUGGACUAUAUAUCAUUAUAUAUCAGGAUUUCCUGAAGUAAAAUAUACUGAUAAUAUAUUAAGCUGUUUUAGUCAUUAUAAAUAUUAUUGAAUGACUUG